ACUGGUGAAGAAGAAAAGGAAGUUAAGAUAUUUUAUGAUGCAAUCGAAUACGCAUUAAAAGAUGAAUUACUUGAAAAACAAAGGAAAGAAAAACUAUUACUUCUUAAAGAAACACCACCUGAAAUCAUUAAAAGUGUAGUUUUAAUGGUGAAUUCAUUGCAUGCAAAUAAGAAGCUUGUUACUUCUCAUAAAAAAGAAAAAAUACAAGAUAUUACAACAAAUAUCUUAAACUUAAAGCGGAGUGUGGAAAAACAUGAUACUUAUCAAGACAUUUAUAAUAUCUUGGAUGAAUUAGUUCUAAAGCCUGAUUAUAAUGAUUAUAAUUUGUUAAAUAUAGAAGUCAUAGAUAUCACCUCCAAGUGGGCAAGUAAAUUCAAAGAUACCAUGGUUAAUUUUGCCAAAAAAUUGGAAUUGGAAGAAGAUUUGGUAGAAGAGUCCUCCUUAGGUCAUUGGGUAGAAACUUUAGAGUCACAAAAGAAAUGUUCUCAAUGCAUUGUCAAAUGUUUGAAUAAUAUUUGGAAAUUGAGUAUGGAUUGGAAUAAAAACAGUCCGAGAGAAACUUUCUGA